GCCCGCGCCUCUGAAACCGGCCGCUGCUCGCCCGACCUUCUGCGCCGGCCUCGCGCCCCCAGCCCGGCAGGGGCCUCGGCGCCCCUCGGUCCCCGCGACCCCGCGCGCUCGCUCGGGGGGCGGGGGACUCCGGGGUCCCCUGCCCCACGCCGCUGCCCCCUUCUUUCUCGGGCAGCCCCCCACCCCAGUCUCUCCCCCAUCCCGCCGCCGCCGCCUCUCCGCCCCCGUCCCCAUAUCGUCAAGCUCAGGCGGCGUGGGAAGGGGGGCCUCGCGAAUCGACAGGAUGUACCCCCAGGGAAGGCACCCGACCCCGCUUCAGUCCGGCCAGCCCUUCAAGUUCUCAAUCUUGGAGAUCUGCGACCGCAUCAAAGAAGAAUUCCAGUUUCUUCAGGCUCAGUACCACAGCCUCAAGCUGGAGUGUGAGAAGUUGGCCAGUGAGAAGACAGAAAUGCAGCGACAUUAUGUCAUGGAGCUGGGAGGCUCUGGGUCCUGCUGUGAUCCCCCCCAGUCUGGAGGCUGUUGGAAGACCCAGCGUCACCCAGAGCAGCUGGACAUCCAUGGGCACGGUGGACAUUGCCAGACAGCUUUUUCUUUGCAGUACUAUGAAAUGUCCUACGGGCUCAACAUUGAAAUGCAUAAGCAGGCUGAGAUUGUGAAGCGCCUCAGUGGUAUCUGUGCUCAGAUUAUCCCCUUCCUGACGCAGGAGCACCAACAGCAGGUCCUGCAGGCCGUGGAGCGGGCCAAGCAGGUGACCGUGGGGGAGCUGAACAGCCUCAUCGGCCAGCAGCAGCUCCAGCCACUGUCCCACCACGCCCCCCCUGUGCCCCUCACCCCUCGCCCGGCUGGGCUGGUGGGCGGCAGUGCCACGGGGCUGCUGGCCCUGUCGGGAGCCCUGGCCGCCCAGGCUCAGCUGGCCGCGGUCGCCAAGGAGGACCGGACAGGAGUGGAGGCCGAGGGGUCCAGAGUGGAGAGAGCCCCGAGCAGGAGUGCAUCCCCCUCACCCCCAGAGAGUGUGGCAGAAGAGGAGCGACCCAGCGGCCCGGGUGGCAAUGGGAAGCAGAGAGCGGAGGAGAAGGAUCUGUCGGGACCUUAUGAGAGUGAUGAGGACAAGAGCGAUUACAACCUGGUGGUGGACGAGGACCAACCCUCCGAGCCCCCCAGCCCAGCAACCACCCCAUGUGGAAAGGCACCCAUCUGCAUCCCUGCCCGUCGGGACCUGGUGGACAGUCCAGCCUCCUUGGCCUCCAGCCUUGGCUCACCGCUCCCCAGAACCAAGGAGCUCGUCUUGAACGAUCUUCCUGCCGGCACCCCUGCCUCCAAGUCCUCAGACUCCUCCCCGCCCCAGGACGCGUCCACCCCUGGGCCCAGCUCUGCCAGUCACCUCCGCCAGCUCGCGGCCAAGCCAGCACCUUCCACGGACAGUAUUGCCCUGAGGAGUCCCCUGACCCUGUCCAGUCCCUUCACCACAUCCUUCAGCCUGGGCUCCCACAGCGCCCUUAAUGGGGACCUCUCUGUGCCCAGCUCCUACGUCAGCCUCCACCUGUCCCCCCAGGUCAGCGGCUCUGUGAUGUAUGGACGCUCCCCCAUGAUGGCAUUUGAGUCUCAUCCACAUCUCCGAGGGUCGUCCAUCUCUUCCUCCCUGCCCACCAUCCCUGGGGGAAAGCCGGCGUACUCCUUCCAUGUGUCUGCGGACGGGCAGAUGCAGCCGGUGCCCUUCCCUUCUGACGCGCUGGUGGGCGCCGGCAUCCCGCGGCACGCGCGGCAGCUGCACACGCUGGCGCACGGCGAGGUGGUCUGCGCGGUCACCAUCAGCGGCACCACGCAGCAUGUGUACACGGGCGGCAAGGGCUGUGUGAAGGUGUGGGACGUGGGCCAGCCGGGCGCCAAGACGCCAGUGGCUCAGCUGGACUGCCUGAACCGGGACAACUACAUUCGUUCCUGCAAGCUGCUGCCAGACGGCCGGAGUCUGAUAGUGGGUGGUGAGGCCAGCACCUUGUCCAUCUGGGACCUGGCGGCCCCUACCCCUCGCAUCAAGGCGGAGCUGACCUCCUCGGCGCCCGCCUGCUACGCCCUGGCCGUCAGCCCCGACGCCAAGGUCUGCUUUUCCUGCUGCAGCGACGGCAACAUCGUGGUCUGGGACCUGCAGAACCAGACCAUGGUCAGGCAAUUCCAGGGCCACACGGAUGGGGCCAGCUGCAUCGACAUUUCUGAUUACGGCACUCGGCUCUGGACGGGGGGCCUGGACAACACCGUGCGCUGCUGGGACCUGCGGGAGGGCCGCCAGCUGCAGCAGCAUGACUUCAGCUCCCAGAUUUUUUCCCUGGGCCACUGCCCCAACCAGGACUGGCUGGCGGUUGGCAUGGAGAGCAGCAACGUGGAGAUCCUGCACGUCCGAAAGCCCGAGAAAUACCAGCUGCAUCUUCACGAGAGCUGUGUGCUCUCCCUCAAAUUCGCCUCCUGUGGGCGGUGGUUCGUGAGCACCGGCAAAGACAACCUGCUCAAUGCCUGGAGGACGCCGUAUGGAGCCAGCAUCUUCCAGUCCAAGGAGUCAUCCUCCGUGCUGAGCUGUGACAUCUCCGGGAAUAACAAGUACAUCGUGACAGGCUCUGGGGACAAGAAGGCCACCGUGUAUGAGGUUGUCUACUGAGACACCACUCUUCCUGCACCCCUGGCCUAACUCCUGAGGGAGAGGCAGCCAGGACCGCCUCUCCAGUCCUACUCUGAGCACCAAAUCUCAUCUGCUCUCUGGCUGACCCCCUUACGUCCUCCCCUGCUGGAUGUGGGACCAGAUGUGCAGGGGGACUUUGGGGAAAUAAAUGUAUUUAUCACA